CCCCAGCUCCAGCUCGCGGCUUAAACAGGGGCUUCAGUUGCUUGGGCGAUGCGUUGCUGAGCGGUCGGUCAAGAGCCACAAAAGUUAGCCAGCAAAAAUAUCGCGAUUUGAGUGUCGUUUGUUUUGCCCACCGGUUUUCAGCUCUGCUGUGCCCGAGACGCACUCAAUAAACAUCCAGCGAAAACGUAUACGUACUAUACUCCCUUAUCAGAGACCGAAAAAAAAGGUCGUGUCAAAGCUGUUUGACAAUGAUCUCGGCGAGAAGGUACUACCUUUUGGGUCUCCUGAUGCUGGCCACAUCUGCCCAGCUAGCCAUUGGGGAUGAAGGUGAUCGUUGCCAGGUGACGGUGAAUAUACCAGGAAUUUGUCGUGCUUCUUCGGCCUGUGAAAAUAUCGAAGGUUACCUCAGGGCGGGAGAAAUCUCCACCAGUCAAGUGCCAAGCUGUGGUUUUGGAUCGCGUGAAGAGAUCAUCUGCUGUCCCAACGUCCCUUGCUGUUCCACUGACCGAGUUGUCGAAGUUCAAGACUUUGUUGCGACGAGCUCUGAACGCAGCAGGUUACCUGAACCGGAGCCACUGCCUCCAACGACCACCGAAAGGAAAAGGAUACGGGAAUCUCGAUUGGAUGAGAGUCAGAACUUCUUUGACUUCAACAAGCUGCUUAGCACCACGGCCAAGCCACAGAAAACUCACGAGCCCUUGAAGGUGCCCACCCAUGAGUCCAUGAAGAUGCCUUCCUCCGAGACCAUGACGAUGCCCACCCAUGAGUCCAUGAAAUGGCCCACCCAUGAAUCCAUGAAGAUGCCUACCCAGAGCGUAGGUGCUUGGGGAUUUGCUCCGCCGAAAACGACACCCAGAACGAAUGCCCAUAGAUCACGUAUGGAACCGCAAUGGGGUUGGGAUAAUCGUGAGCCAAGGAUAGUAAACCAACCGCUGACCACGCCACGCACGCGUCCUACUCCACAACAGCCGAAUCCUAAUCCCAAUUCUAACAGCAAUCUGAUUCACUUGGUCAACGAUCGACUGCGUCAGCAGGGAAUGCAAAUUGAGCCGGCACGUGAAGUGCCCAUGGAAACUCAAGUCGUGCCUACGCCCACCAAAUUCAUGGAUCCCUUUGAACCCUAUCGUUUUCGGGGUCAAGACAGGGACAAGCAGCCGCAACCGGAACCCUGGAAGGAGCCUAGCAAUGAUUUGGAUGAUGGACCAAGUCCAACCACCAUAACACCGGCCGUGACGCGCACGACGACGUCGAACAGUACUUCGCGGGUCAAUGUUCCGGACAGUGAGCGUCCAGCGGCGUUAGCCUGUGCAAAGAUCCGUUCUGGUGGAAAGUCAAUAACGCCACACAUCUUAGGCGGUUUGCCCGUGGACGAGGGCGUCUAUCCUCACAUGGCAGCCAUUGGAUACAAUACGUUCGGUACAGAGGAUUUCCGUUGUGGCGGAUCUCUAAUCGCCAGUCGUUUCGUCUUGACGGCUGCCCAUUGCGUCAAUUCAGCCAGCACAACGCCGACGUUCGUCCGUUUGGGUGCCAUUUCCAUUGAGAAUCCAAAGCCUGGCUAUCAGGACAUCGAUGUGCUUGACAUCCAGAUUCAUCCAAACUAUACUAGCAGUAGUAAAUAUAAUGACAUCGCCAUCAUAGAACUGGCCGAGGAUGCCAAAAUGACCGAUAAUGUCGGUCCCGCCUGUCUGUAUACAGAGCGCACUAGUCCUCCUCUGGACUCGAAUAUCUACGUAGCGGGUUGGGGAGUUAUGAAUGUGACAAAUCGUGCCAGAUCAAAGAUCCUGCUGCGGGCACGCCUGGAUUUGGUGCCAGUGGACAAGUGUAAUGCCUCCUUUGCUGAGCAGUCGAGUACCUUUCGGGCCAUCAAGCAGGGUAUUAUCGAUUCCCUGCUCUGUGCGGCGGACAGGAAACAGGAGAAGGAUGCCUGCCAGGGCGAUUCUGGUGGUCCGCUCAUUCUCGAAACGAAUGAAGCGGAUGGCAUUUUCUCGAUCCUGGGCGUAAUCUCUUCGGGCUUUGGUUGUGCCACCAAGACACCGGGCCUGUAUACACGUGUCUCCUCCUUUUUGGACUAUAUCGAGGGUAUAGUGUGGCCGGGUAAUCGGGUGUGAAGAAAAGUCAUUUGAUCUGCAAUAAAUUAAGUUUGAACGGA